AUGCCUCCAUCAUACGCCAUCUUGCUUUUCCUCGCUUUCCUCGCCUCGCAUCCACAGCCUCUUUUCCCCCCGGGUCCUUCACAGCAGUCCCACACCCGACAUCCUCAGCUGUCACCUGUGGCCCAUCGGAUCAUGCCUCUGCACUAUGCAGCGCACGCCAACCCAUCCAACAAGCAGCAGCAGCGAGACGAAGAUGAAGGGGUGGCAAGCGCAGAGCAUAGCAAGCGCACUUUGCCUCGUCCCAUGCACGAAGCAGACGUAGAGAAGCAGGGCCAUGCUGAUGAUGAGGAUCACCACCAUCAUCGUGCGACGACGCAGUGCAGCACUUGCACUUGCGGCAAGCAUCUCCAUCUGCCUCCUCCUCCUUCUCCUCCUCCUCGCCCCGAUGACGACCUGUGCGAGCAUCAGAGGCGCAACGCAGCAUCGUUGGUGUGGCAUUCGUUGAGCUGGAUGGACAGGUUGCUCUCCCUCUUCAUCAUCCUCGCCAUGAUCAUCGGUGUGCUCAUCGGCGUGUAUGUGGAGGAUGUUGGGCAAAUGUUGAGCAGAGCUGGUUCGCUCAAGGGUGUAGAGACGCCAUUGGUGUUGGGCCUCAUCAUCAUGAUGUGGCCCAUCCUCACAAAGGUGCAAUACGAGCGUCUACCUCGCGUGUUCAAGACGCGCAACAUUUGGUCUCAAUUAUUGCUCUCACUGCUUCUCAAUUGGAUCGUCGGUCCCUUUCUCAUGCUAGCUCUGAGCUGGUGCACCCUGCCCGACCUGCCGACCUAUCGCACAGGCAUCAUCAUGGUGGGUAUAGCGCGGUGCAUAGCCAUGGUGAUGAUCUGGUGCGAUUUGUCCAAGGGCGACACGACCAUGUGCGCCUUGUUGGUCAUCUUCAACAGCAUCCUACAAAUCAUCCUCUACGCUCCCUACAGCGUCUGGUUCGUCCGCAUCAUCUCCCGCGUCGACAAUUUCGCCCUCAGGUACGACGAGACGGCCAUCGCUGUGCUCAUCUACCUCGGCAUACCCCUCUUUGCAGGAUGCGCGACGCGCCUAAUCAUCCUCUUCUCCUUUGGAAGCGCAUUUCUGCAAGAGAAAUUCCUACCCUGCUUUGGUCCCCUGUCCCUCGUAGCGCUGCUCUACACCAUCAUCAUCAUCUUUGCCUCUCAAGCUCGUCGCAUCUUGGACAAUUUGGGUCCAACAUUUCGAACAUUCGUGCCCCUCAUCCUCUACUUUACAAUCAUGUGGACUAGCACAUUCUUGUUCGUUUGGACUCUCAAUCAGAGGAGAGCAGCAAAGAGGAGCAGCAGCGGCGGCGGCGCGGAGCAGCAGCAGCAGCACGAGCGCGAGCACGAGCACGAUGUGCGCAGCGUAGAAGAGACGAAGUGGGACUAUCAAAUGGCAGUCGUCCAGGCUUUUACAGCUGCAAGCAACAACUUUGAGCUGGCCAUUGCCAUUUGCGUCUCUCACUGGCCCUCGGCAUGA